AUGUCAUCCUCGCCACUUCACAUCCGUGUGCACCGCGCCGCACCCAUCAGCACCGCAAAGCGCCGGCCGCGCCAACACCAGUCCCCCUCCGCGUCGCUGCAACCAGCGCCUCCAUCCGCAGCGGCGCACAUCUCCGCGCAUGGGCGCAAGCCCGCCUCCCGCGGGUCGCUUUUCGCCGCCAUCCUCGGCGCGCCGCGCAUGCACCCCACCGCGCUCGCGCUCGCCAUCGUGGGGGCGGCAUGCGUUGUCUGCAUCCUGAUACUGGUCGGCAUCCACUUGUCUUUUAGCGGUGUUUUCAAGAAUGGGGCGGGGGAAUCCGUGGGAGGAUGGCGGAGGGGGAUGGGGGGAAGGGCGCGGGGAGACGUGCGCGUGGGAGAUGGGGAGCAUGAGGGGCGCACCAAGGGACGGUGGACGCAGAGGCAGGCGUAUAAGUGGGUGCUUGGAUGGGUGAGAGGGGAGGCGAGGAGGGGAGGAGGGGAGGAGUGGAGGAGGGGAGGAGUGGAGGAGGGAAGGAGGGGAGGAGGGAAACGGUGGGGGAAUGCGGAGGGGGAUGGGUGGAAGGGUAUGGGUGGAAGGGUAUGGGUGGAAGGGGAUGGGUGGAAGGGGAUGGGUGGAAGGGUAUGGGUGGAAGGGGAUGGGUGGAAGGGGAUGGGUGGAAGGGGAUGGGUGGAAGGGGAUGGGUGGAAGGGGAUGGGUGGAAGGGGAUGGGUGGAAGGGGAUGGGUGGAAGGGGAUGGGUGGAAGGGGAUGGGUGGAAGGGGAUGGGUGGAAGGGGAUGGGUGGAAGGGGAUGGGUGGAAGGGGAUGGGUGGAAGGGGAUGGGUGGAAGGGGAUGGGUGGAAGGGGAUGGGUGGAAGGGGAUGGGCGGAAGGGGAUGGGCGGAAGGGGAUGGGUGGAAGGGGAUGGGUGGAAGGGGAUGGGUGGAAGGGGAUGGGUGGAAGGGGAUGGGUGGAAGGGGAUGGGUGGAAGGGGAUGGGUGGAAGGCGAGUGGGUGGGCGAGGGGGUGGGCGAGGGGGUGGGCGAGGGGGUGGGCGAGGGGGUGGCAUCCCGGUGGGCAGAUGGACGCGAGGAUGGACGCGAGGCAGCAGAUGGACUCGAGGCAGCAGAUGGACGCGAGGCAGGGAAAUGACGGGAGGUGGCUAGGAGAGGCGUUGGGGUGGCGAGGGCAUGAGAAGGUGAUGACGAGGGGGGCAGGGCCGCACAGGCAGGUGUGA